CCCCGGGCCGGGCCCGCCGCUGCAUGGGUCCGGGGGCGCGCGCCCCGAGGCGGGCCGGGGCUGAGCGGGGCCGGGGCCGGGCCCGGGGUACCAUGCCCGGAGGCCGGCGGGCCGCAGCAUGGCGCACGGCCCCGGCGCGCUGAUGCUCAAGUGCGUGGUGGUGGGCGACGGGGCGGUGGGCAAGACGUGCCUGCUCAUGAGCUACGCCAACGACGCCUUCCCCGAGGAGUACGUGCCCACCGUCUUCGACCACUACGCAGUCAGCGUCACCGUCGGGAGCAAGCAGUACCUCCUGGGACUCUACGACACGGCGGGACAGGAAGACUAUGAUCGAUUGAGGCCUUUAUCAUACCCGAUGACCGAUGUCUUCCUUAUCUGCUUCUCUGUGGUCAAUCCAGCCUCCUUUCAAAACGUAAAAGAAGAGUGGGUACCAGAACUGAAAGAAUACGCACCAAAUGUACCCUUUUUAUUAAUUGGGACUCAGAUUGAUCUCCGAGAUGACCCCAAAACAUUAGCAAGACUGAAUGAUAUGAAAGAAAAACCUGUAUGUAUGGAGCAAGGACAGAAACUAGCAAAAGAGAUAGGAGCAUGCUGCUAUGUGGAAUGUUCAGCUUUAACCCAGAAGGGAUUGAAGACUGUUUUCGAUGAGGCUAUCAUAGCCAUUUUAACUCCAAAGAAACACACAGUUAAAAAAAGAAUAGGAUCAAGAUGUAUAAACUGUUGUUUGAUUACGUGAGAGCCGUCGUCAAUGGCCAACGCGGAGGUCCUUCUCUCCCUGAGAGCAGACGAAAUGCUUUGGUGGUACCCAGGCCUCUCCAAGAGACGGCAGUCGAAACUCGAAGGAAACGAAAGGAAACAAACCAACCUGUCCUGAGAAUGCUCUCAGGCUUGUUAGGAAUGUUCUUUCUAGGUCUAAGGGGCAGUGCACACCGCAGCUGAAGCCACAAUCUACUAUAAAUACUUUAUUUCCGCUAGCAGGCACAAUCUCUCAGGGUUUCCUAGUUGACAAAGCUACAAUCACAUCAUAGGGUAAACUCCAGAAAACAACAACAACAAAAAAAAUUCAACAGUGCUGGCAAUGGAACUGCCUGGCUUCGACCCACACAUUCCCACAGUCUUUAUGGGAUCUGCACAGGGAUAUCUCUUCUCUGUGUUCUAUUAGUUGUACUUGUACAUCAGCUGCUUCCUCUUCCAGUGUAUCCAGAGUGGUGAGAUGAUGAGGCCAGCCACAUAGCCAAAGGUCGCUCCGAGUGUGCAGGAGAUGGGCCAUUCCUGAGAGGAAAGAAGAACAAAUGUUUUCUUAUUACUUGAGCACAAGUUAAGUGUAACCUAAAAAUAUUUCUAUAUUGAAGUUUAAUGUGCUUUCCUAAAGAAUGCCAAAAGUGUAAUAAGGUCCUAGAUAAGUUACCAUGACACUAACAAUGUACACAUUUUAGUUCUUUGGCACAUAGCUCUAACAGGCUUAUGGCAACUGUAGAUUUAGUUUGGUGCUCCCCAAAAUGCAUGAGGCACAUGCGAAAAUCAAAAUUAAAGAAUUUGGGUCAGGCUUUGCCAAAA